AAAACGCACAUCCAGAAGGUAGCAACAAAAGGAGAGAUGGCGUUCCACGCUAUGUCUAGGAUCAUAGCAUUGUUAUGGGGCCUGUUAGUCCGCAAGUCACAAUUAGUAUACACAGCAGUGGCACGUCCAAUCAUAUCAACAGGGCAGGGAGGCAAAGGCAUAGACGAGGCAAAGAUUCGCAAGCUAGUGGUGGUCCAGAACAAGUGUCUGAGGCGGACGCUAGGGGCCUAUAAGAGAAUACCAGUGGCUGCAAUUAAGAAAGAGAGUAGAACGCCGCCACUAUCCCUGUACAUACAGGUGGUGACCCUCUAA